AUGCAGUGCUUCGUGGUCUUGGCUCAGUUCUUGCGGCUCAUCAUUUUCUCCAAUUGUCAUCCCGUUGAUCAAUCAUCAAAGGACACCAGCCAUUUUUCCGCCCGUCCUAUGGCAAUGUCGUCCAGAGAGAAGACCUGUGAUUUCGAUCCGUUGAUGGGACUGGGACCUCCCUAUCUUCUUGGGCAUUUGCAACUGCGGGAACUUCAGGCCCUGAUAGCUUACGGAAUGGAAAUUGGCCCUGAUCUAACAAAAUUUAGCCUGGCUCUAGGGUCUAGGACUGCUGCCCGAGCCGUCUGCGCCCAGUCUAUCCGGGAGCUUCUUUUCUUUUAG